GGUUGCUUCGCGUGCCAUUUGCUAUUCGCAAAUUCAUCCUCGUCUUCGUCUUCUCUUUCUUUCUUUCGCUGCGCUUCUUUCCUGUAUGCUUUUUUUUAUUAAUUAUUGGCCGAAGACACCAUCAUGAUCUCAUUUCGAGGAUUUAUGCUGCAUUUAUUGAUAAUAGCGCUAUGUCGAGCCGAGAUAACUUUCAAAUCUCCUUCCAUGGGAGAAGUUGUCGGCCCAGGAGCGUACAAAAUUCGUGCGAGUGAUAGCGGGAUAGUGCCCACCUUGGGACAAUUUGACGACGCGAGUUGGGAAGUUGUUCUUUUCACUGGAAAUGAUACUGCUCCAUUUGAGCUUUAUAUAUACAAAAUAUCCGGAUACCAAAUGAAAGAUCCAACGACUCAGUCCCCUCCAGUGAAUAUCAGAAACAGCUCAGGUCCGAACCUGGAAGACAAAUUCUUUUUCGGGUAUCGCUCCUAUCUGACAUCCAAUGAAUCUAUUUGGGUCACAGCCUACUCGGACCGAUUUACUCUUACAAACAUGACCGGUUCUUUACCCGAUGAUGUAACUGCCGCAAAUAAUAAUGUGAACUCGACAACUGCUCCAAAACGAACAAUCUCUUGCGGCGCAAAGUCUGGAGGAGAGUGUGACGAGAAGGUAUUAGAAACCCUGGGGCUAGGAUCGGUGACGACAAAUGAUCCAAGUGUUAGUACAACGGCCACAGCAACCGCAACGGGGUCUGCCCCAGAGGACACAACUUCAGCUGGAGACCAAGCCGAUACCAGCACGGAUAGUGGUAGAAGAUUAAGCCGUGGGGCAUUUGCGGGGGUAGUCGUGGGUGUCGCGGUAGCAAUAUCGGUAAUGAUCGCAGCGGGGGUGUUCUUUCUAAUGAAAGCCAAGAAGAAGAAGAGGAAGAAGAAUAUGCCGGAACGAGAAACGGUUGGAAAUGACAAAGAUUUGACAAAUCAAGGAUCGAAUGCAUUUCAUGGAGGGGAUACCUAUGGAGGAGUGAUGAAGAAGAAUGGGAUUGAAGAUGUGGGCAGACGAGAGUUGGAAGAUCGUAGAACGUAUGAGAUGAGUGCGGGGUACCAUGAAAUAGCAGAAUUACCGCAAAACUCGUGAGCUCUAUCAGUAUAAUAAUAGACUUGAGAUAACUAGGUAUAUUUUUGAUAGCCACUCGUUCCAUAUACUAAACAUGUGUAUAGCGUCUUGGAGGUCUCAAAAUACCGGCGAUGAAAGACCUUGGACUAAAGUCAUUUGAAACAUUAAGCCCACUUUGACAUUGCAGUGCUCUUAAAUAACCACACUUCUUUGGACA